AUGCACGACUCAGACACUCAGUUCCCUGUUAAUAGUCCGAGUCAUGGCCGUAGCCACAACCAGGAGAUUGUCAAUUCGCGUAAUAUAAACAACAUCAUCAAUUCUAUCCCAUCGGCUCGCAGACGCACUCGUCUUCAGACCGCAGCCUAUCUCAUUGGCUCCCGUAAAGAACUCCCAGAAAUCAACGACGAAGAGAUCACCCGCAUCCGCGCCAUUCACUUAUGCACUCGUGAUACGCCAGAAGCUACCAGUAAUACAGAAGAACAGGAAGUUUCAGGACCCAUGCGGCCCCAGGCUUUCAAUGAGAAGGUCGAGUUUUGUGUACCUUUGGACACCACGGACACCAACAAAUCUACAACAUAUGUAGACCAUUUUUACACCGAGUCAGAUCAUCCUCAAGAUAUAUUCGACUCUAUGAGGGCCACAAUGAACCUUCCAAAGGCCUAUGAACACUUGGGCUGGCGCCUGUCUACAGCCCGCCGCACGGACCCGCCGCAUCGCCUUCUGACGACCCAGGAUAUCGCCAGCGCUUUCAAGGCUGUGAGGGCGGAGCAGGCAUCUGGACGGAAAAAGAAGAAAGUUGUCAUUGAAAUCGUCAAUACUAUGCCUGUACUAAAAGGAAAGCCGAUAAAAUCACAGGCAGGUAUGGUACCUGACCCAUCGCUUCUGCUAUAUACGAAGGAACUCGAGAACGUGAAAAAUAAAUUGUGUUGCUACGAGCAUCAGCUUGGAGAUUCCCAGGACACAUUUUGUUGGGUAGAUGUGUCGCAGUUAAAUACUCCACACUAUCCGAUGUGCACCCAAGACCUCCAGGAGUGGGCAAAAUAUCUGUACGACACUCGAGAUCCAGACAAUACCUGUAUCAAUCUACCCAGCACGCCCCAUUUCGAGAACAUUUGCAAGACACGCAAAGCAAGAACUGCUUCGUCGCUUCAACGUGUCCCAACCGAGCUCAUGUCACCCGUCAUCCAUAACCACGUUCACCUCUCAUCUACUAUCGACGACAUGUGGGCUUCCAACGGUGCACUUUCCGGACAGCAAAGUAAUGGCCCUAUCAUGGUCCCUCAACCACUCAAAAGGACAUUUGCACUCUACAUGGAGAGUGAUGAAGAAACCGAUGAUGAUGAACCGCCACAAGACAUUGAGGACAUUCUUACUGCUAUCCAUUCUCGCUACCCUGCUAUGGACUUCCCCCGAUACGUGCAUCCGCUAAAGGAGCACGGCAUAUUGUAUCUGCCGACUGCGGCGCAUUUUGGUAGUAAAUUUUACGUGGAGAAGGUAGGCAUGUCGGAGGGCGCCGCAUUUACAUUUCGUACUCGUGUUUGUCAAGCUCACAUGAAGGAGGAACGUGCGAAGGCGAGGAGGAAGGCUAAAGGGAAAAAGAAAGCCACACGAGCUGAUGACACCGAGAAGGAAAAUACGUUUUCCAAUACAUACCACAGCAUGCUCUCCUCUCCUGUUAUUUCCACAUCUCCUGCUGGAGUUGAUCACUGUGUGGCGGUGUUCGGAUCACCUGCUGACAUCUUCGCCAAGCGAUCUGUGCAGGACGACACUCAUGCCACUAUACGCCCUCACAAUCCGAAGAGUUGUAGUCGGGUAAUGGAACCUAUAGACUCUAAUCAGCGAUCCUUUGAAGAAACUUUCCGUGCUUCAGUUCCUACAAUUCAAUCCCUUCCAAAUGGCCUUCCCCCCGCAUCAAGACACAUGUCAUUUUAUGCAAGACGCGCUAGCCUGAAGUUCAAGCCCUAUCAGCUAGGGGGGCGUACUCUAACUGCCUUGGAACACCGUUUUACGAUGAAGAGCCUUCUGAAACGCAAUGAGACCGAUAUUAAUAUGAUGGACGUCCAUCAGGGCAAAGAAAUCUUCCAAAACGGCUUGAGGAGUAUGCCUGACGCGAGCAUCUACACCGCUAUCAUUGCAAAGCGAGCUGACGCUGAAAGCAAGCGUUUGCAGGCUCUUGCAACAGCUUGGGAGCUCGAGUCGGCUGAGAAACAUGCAAUACUGCUUCAAACUAUUCUUAGGGAUUGUGCUCAACAGUAUGUUGACAGCAACGCAGAAGCGUCGUUUUUCGAAAGGACCUUGGUCAGGCGAACCAUGGAACAACUCGAAGAUGAUGCAGACUUCAGCGUCGCCGCAUAUAGCCAUGAUCUCGCUGCUUACCAAAUCGCGGAUGUGCAACUUCGUCAUGUGGAGGAGGUUGGUUCUGAGCGGAAGUUGCCUAUAGAGGAUAUUGAGUUGGAAGAUGCUGAAUAUCGCUUGGGGGAAUGCGUGGACAGCAUACUCGCAGAGGCAGACGAUCAAAUAGCGCCCAUCCAGCGCGUUGAGAAGCCGAAUCGCCCCAAACCCAUUGUUCCGUGCAAACCGUCAAGCGGGUACAACACUCGGGCUAGCAUAUCACGACCUCCGAGUCCCAGCGCAACGGAUCUUGACCACUUCCUAUCAGGGCAGCAGCCGAAGGAGCCUGACCAUGCACACGAUAAUGGCUUCAACAACACAUCCUGCAGCCAGACCGAUGCGUUGUUAAAACCUUCGCACCCGCUGGGGCGAAUACCUAAACAUUUUGAGCAUGUUCCUCUUUCUGAGGAGGACGCCAAUUACUCGGAUACUGUCGAUGCCCCCCCCGCUCGAAAUGCAGACCCGCCCGAAUAUAGAAUUCAGAGAGUUCUGCUGAGGUUACGAGACGCACUACAGACUAGUUUUAAUUGUCUUGGACUUUGCCGGCUCUACCCUCGUCGCCCGUCCUUCGAGCCGGAUAAAUUCAUGCCGUCCUCGCUACUUUCAACAACGUGUCCAACAGUCACGCAAGAGAGUGACUCGCAGGCUGGUAUCCUCCCCCCUCCCUACCCUUUUACCAACAUGACGAUUUACCGACUCAUGUCUUGGAUGAAUUCUGGUAGCAAUCAGAAAUCCGAGACUGAAACUACCCGUCUCGUCAAGGAAGUAUUACUAGCAGGGGAUUUUGAUACAAAGCAUUUAGAGGACUUCUCGGUGAGGAAGAGUUUGCGCGAGUUGGACAAUGAUCCUGGAGGGAAGAAAAUCGAAUUUCUGGAUGACUGGAUGCAGGCCGAUGUCACUAUCCAGAUUCCUACGAAAUUGAGGGAGGACGAAGCUAUACCUUUUACCGUUUCAGGGUUACAUUUUCGCCCCCUAAUCGAAGUAAUUCGGUCGGCUUUCACAGACAUCCAAGCAAGUGCAUUUCAUCUUUCUCCUUUCAAGCGUCUAUGGAGGGAUCCGUUGGACAAUCGUCAAGAGCGUAUCUACAAUGAGUUAUAUACUUCUGACUCCUGGAUGGAUGCCCAAGACGAAGUGCAGAAGCUCCCAAGGGAGCCCGGAUGUAUGCUGGAACGGGUGGUUGCUGGCCUCAUGUUGUUUUCGGACGCCACACAUCUUGCAAAUUUUGGAACGGCAAAGGCCUGGCCCCUCUAUAUGUAUUUCGGAAAUUUGACAAAGUACGCUCGCUCUGCACCGAAGUCCGGUGCAUGUCACCUUGUGGGGUUUUUACCGUCGUUACCCGAUAGGGUCAAAGACGUUCUAAGCAACUUGCCUCGGAUAUCGAAGAGUGGCAUAGCUGCCCUUCACACUCACUGUCGACGCGAGUUGUUCCACGCCUGCUGGGAUAUUUUGCUAGAUAAAGAGUUUCUUCAUGCAUACCGUCAUGGUAUUGUAUUAAAAUGUGCUGACGGAGUGUUUCGUAGAGUUUUUCCUCGUAUAUUCACAUACUCGGCCGAUUAUCCAGAGAAGGUCUUAAUCGCCACUAUAAAAGACAUGGGCUCGUGCCCUUGCCCCCGAUGCCUCACACCGAAAAGCAUGUUUGCUUCCCUUGGCCUCCUUAAGGAUAUGAAGAGCCGUACAAAUAAUUUUCGGGUCUAUGUCGAGACCAACAUCAUCAAGGCACGAGAAUAUAUUUAUAAGUUGGGAAAUACUGUGGACGUACCGGCUCAGACGAGCAACCUGCAGAACAGAUUUGUCCAGAAGCUGGGUAAGCUCGGCCUUGACCCAUUUCGGAUGCUUGUUGUGGACUUCAUGCAUGAGUGCGAGUUGGGAACCUGGAAGGCACUGUUCACUCACCUUGUCAGGAUCCUUUAUGCACUGCCAGCGGGAGAGAAGCUAGUCGCAACCCUAGAUUCCAGAUUUCGUCAAGUUCCAACUUUCGGUAAUGGGGUAAUCCGAAUCUUUGCGAAUAACACGUCCGAAAUGAAGAGACUGGCCACUCGGGACUUCGAAGAUAUCUUGCAGUGCGCAAUACCUGUGUUCGAAGGGCUGUUUCCCGCUCCCCACGACGCAGUUGUGCAGUCUCUUUUAUACAAAUUCGCACAGUGGCAUGCCCUGGCCAAGCUAAGGAUUCAUUCAGAGUCAACUCUUGGCUUCCUCAACGAAACGUUCAAGAAUCUUUCGAGGCAAUUACGGAGAUUCCGCAACUUUACCUGCGCUGUCUUUGAUACCGUGGAGUUACCCAAAGAGAAGGCAGCUCGUCAACAAAGGCUCGCCCAAUGUGCUGGACUCACCAAUACUUCCUCAGAAUCAAGUGGACCAAGGGUAAAAAGUUUCAAUUUAAGCACGUAUAAGUUUCACGCAAUGGGCGAUUAUGUGCGAACGAUCAAGCUUUUUGGGACUACGGAUUCUUUUACCACGCAGAUAGGAGAGCUGGCGCAUAGAGCCUUGAAAGCAUUCUACCCCCUAACUAGCAAGCUGGAAACUCCAAAACAGCUAGCGAAACACGAGCGCAGACGUCGUGUGCUACGGCGAGUCACGGAAGCAGGGGGGAGUAUCUCCUCAAGUGAUGGAUCUCCGGCUGACACUCCUGCUCCAUUGGAAAACGACGGCGACCCAGUUGUCAAGAACUUCAUCCCAAAGCUAAAGGAUCACAUUUUGUAUCGGCUGAAGAAAUUGAACGUCAGUUAUUGUGAUUACAUAUUCACAGACGAGGAACGCAACACAGUCAUCAUUCCUAACAAUACGCUCUACUUGGUCCAAACGAUGCAGGUACAUUACACCACUUACGAUAUGAGGCGCGAAUACGACACUAUCAACCCCAAGACACAUGCCGAUGUGAUGGUAUUUUCAGGCGAAAGCACUCCCAGCCAUCCAUACUGGUACACUCGUGUAAUCGGUAUUUAUCACGUGGACACGUGGCUCCAAGGAGGUGGUAGAACCAAGAAACACCACCUCGAUAUCCUUCACGUCAGAUGGCUCGCGCCAUUAAUAUCUUAUCAGUCUGGCAUGCACCGCUCUCGCCUUCCUAAGGUGGCGUUUGUGGAGGAGUCGGACCAUGACGCGUUCGGGUUCCUUGACCCAGGCCAAGUGAUCCGGGGAGCUCACUUGAUUCCAGCAUUUGCUUCGGGGCGCGGUGUGAGCUCACUUCGCUACGGAAAGUCUUUAGCUCGUCCUAGGGGGGAACUUGAUGACUGGGAAGUGUAUUAUGUCGGGAUUUUUGUCGAUCGUGAUAUGUUUUUGCGUUAUACUGACUUGGGCGUAGGACACCCGGUCGCUUUGCGGCGGGCUGUCAGAGACUGUUUUGGCCUUCAGUCAUCAGCACCGGUAGAGACUAUGGAUAUUGAUGAAGGGAGAGGUGACGGUGAGGACCAUGAAAUAGAUGACGAUGAACAAUGGAUGGAUGUCGAUCUUGCCCAUGAGGAGUCAGAGGACGAAGACGAUGAAAUUGAGGAUGAAGAAGAGGGAGAGUCUGAUGAUGGGCUUGAUGACGGAGAGGAAGUUGAGGAAGAGGCCGAUGAGCUCUCGUUUUGA